AUGGACGCGUCGCCAGAUGAAGACCAGCUGGCCUCGCAGAGCCCGAGCGAGCCACCACAGGAGCGCGUCAAGCUCCUAUCAGGCGACCUUGCAGCAGCGACCGCUCCUUCGACCUCCACCGCCCGUCCCGCCGACGAUGUACCUACCACGCCUAAGCCGGCUCCUCGACCCGACCUCCACUUUGCCGCCGUCGCGAGCCUGGCACGGUUCGGGCGCGGGCCGUACUCGACCCAGCAGCUCGGCGAGUGCGUCGACGAGCUCGCCGCGCAGGGCUACCCGUCGGCCGAGGUCAUCAGCGAGCUGUGGCGUGCGCACACGACUGCGCACGCGUACGAGAACGCCGCCGUGUCGGCGUCGGCGAGUUCGACGCCGGCGCACCUACGAGCGUCGGCGUCAACCUCGACCUCGACUUCGAGCCCGCCCUUGACCCCGGCCAGCCGAGCGUCUCACUUGCCGUGGACGACGCACGACAACAAGCGCCUGAUCGAGAUGAGGCGGCAGGGCCUGACGUACAAGGAGGCGGCCGAGCAGCUCGGGAGGACGACGGGAGCGGUCACGUCGCAGUACCACAAGCUGUGCGAUCGCGACCCGACCCUGCCCAGGCCCAAGCGAGGCCGACCGAGUUCGACCGCUCCUCGACCUACGAUGUCCCCCUCGUCGACGUCCGGCGCCGCCUCACCUUCCACCGCGCCCUUUGUCAAGCCCGAACCUCGCCAUCUUGACGCGCACUCGGCCCUCUCAGCCUCCAUCUCUUCCCCUGCCGCCGCCGCCAUCACGCCCGCACCAGCCCCCAUCCCUACCUCCUCGACGCCGCACGUUCCUCCCCCAGCGCCAGCCGCCGCAUCCACAGCCGCCGCUCCCCAAGCUCGAGCCCGGCCCUCGCGCCGCCGCAUCGGCCUCGCCUUCCACGGCGCGGCGUACGAGGGCGCGCUCGCGGCCCUGCGACGGCUGCGCGAGCCGCUCGACAUCGAGCUCGGCGGCGAGCCGGACGCGACCGAGCGCGACGCUGCGCCGGCGGAGCAGGACCGCCGUGACGAAGCGAGGACGUCGGCGGGCGCGGGCGAGGGCAGCACGUCGGCGGCGGAGCUGAAAGGCUAA